UUUUGAUAAUUAAUUAAUUAUAUAUUGAGAUUUAAUUAAUCAAAAAAAGCAAAUAAUAUAAUUCUAAUAAUUAAUAUAAAAAAAAAAUUGAUAACUAAAAAAGAAAAAAAAAUGCCUUAUCCAUUGGGUACUCAUGUUACGCAUAUACUGUUGGCAGAAUUCGAUAUUGAUAGAGGGUCUUCGUUAGCACAUCAAUAUCCUGAAGCUACCGGUACAGAUGAAGGUUUAUUAGCAGAGUUAAUGUUACCGGAUGGUGCACAUUUACGUACUGAAGAUUGGACGAUAUUCUUUUUAAAUCAAAAGAUUCCUGAUCCUGAUAAAAUAUCAACGGAUAAUAAUGAUAAUGAAACACCUUUAUUGUAUGCGUUAAAUUUAGUUAGAACUAAACAUGAUAAAGGAGCCAGAAGAGGUGCUAUUGUAAAAGCUAUGGCUAUUUGUACAAGACAUCAAUAUUUGCAUAUUUAUAAGCCAGUUUUAUUAUUAGCAUUGGAUAAAUAUUUUCAAGAUCCAUCAGUAAAAUGUUUAGCAUCGUUAUAUGAAGCAGUAAAUUCUAUGGAUGUAACAUAUAUGCCUAAAUUCUCAGCACAUGAAAAAGCUAUACUGCGUGCUUCAGAGAAUAAAGAUAUGUUUGAAGAAAAGUUUACCGCUUAUGAAAAUAGUAAGAAACAACAAGAGAUGUCAGCUCAAUUAUUAAAAGAUGAUAGUUCAGGAAAAGGAUUAGGAAUAAAUAAUAAUAGUGAUGGUGGUGAUGGUGGAACGGAUAAUUCUAGUGAAGAAGUAAAUUUUAAAAAGGCAUCUUACCAAGAUUUAAUGCCAAAUUUGAGUAAAAAUAAGGAUAGACAUUUUUAUGAAACUAAAGUUGUAUAUAGUGGAAUAAAAUUGCCAAUCCGUGUGCCAUUAACUGUUAAUCCAGAAGAAGUUGGUGACUUUUCUUUAAUUAAGUUGAUUACAACGUUCUCACCAUCAUCACCACAUCCAUUCAAUCAUGCAUUUCAUCCACAUUUGGAUUCAAGUGGUAAUCAAACGCAACCAAUAAUUUUAUUAUUGAAUGCGUUAUUAACUCAAAAACGUAUAAUAUUUUUGGGUCAUGGACAUCCUUCAGGAGAUGUAGCGAAUUAUGUAUUAUCAGCUUGUGCUAUGGGAAGUGGUAGUGGUGGUGUAUUAAGAGGAUUUUCGGAACGUGCAUUUCCAUAUACUAACUUGACAAAUGUUGAAGAUUUAUUAAAAGUUCCCGGAUUUAUUGCAGGAGUAACAAAUAGAAUUUUUGAGGAUCAUAGUUCAUGGUGGGAUGUGUUGUGUAACAUUGAUACAGGAAAGAUUACAGUUAGCAAAGAUAUUGCAACACCUUCAUAUGGUACAAAACCUGAUGAAAGACCAGAAGAAGGUACAAGAUCUCCAUCUGCAACUAAAACAGAAUCAUGGGGAAGAGAAAAAUGGGAUACAACUGAUAAUGAAUUUAUGGCUGAGGUGAUGCAUGCAAUUCAACAUCAUUAUGGGGAAACUACCAUAAGAGGAAAAUUUCAAGACUAUGUACAGAGAUUUGUUAGAUUAACAGCUUUGUAUGAAAUCGAAACUUUUGGAUCAACAAAAAUUGGAAUGAUGCCAGAAAACACAGAUCAUGGGAAUAUAUUAGGCACUGGAUUAGCAUUUCAAGAUGAAAAUUUAAAAUUACGUGAAGUAGCUGCUAAUGUGAAUAGAAUUGAAGGUUGGAGACAAACUAUUUCAUAUAAAUAUUAUCAGUUGGACUUUCAAAAUUAUUUAAAAUAUAGAAGUAUCAAAGCUAUAGAUGUUUAUCAUCAGGUAGCUAAAUUAAAAAAUCUUAGAAAUAUGCCAGAAGAGGAAGUUGAAUGUUUAUAUAAAGCUUUGGUUGAUAAUGUUGUGACUGACGAACAAAUAAUUGAGUUUUUGUCAUAUUUACCACAAAACCAAGGAGGUUUAUUUCCAAUUGGGUUAGGAUUAUUUUAUCCACUUAAAACUGUUAGAAAUUAUACAAUAGAAUUGUUUAAUAGAAUCAAUGAUCAUACAACUGGAAGUAAAUUUAUACAGAGUUUAAAUUUAUUCCAAAAACAUGCUUAUGAAAGGCAAUUAUCUGAUCAAAGAGAAAAAGAACAAAAACAUAAGUUAGUGUUACAAGAUCAUGAACAAUUACAAGAUGAAAAUAAUGAAAAUAAUAGUAAUAAUAGUGAUAAUUAUAAUGAUGAUUCUAAUGAAAGUGAUAUUGGUGUAGCUAUUACUACUAAUUAAUUAAUUAAUUAAUUAAUU